UUUCAGGAUUUUUUAAAUUUAAUAUUGCAAGAAAAUCCGUUCUACUGCAUGAUUCUCAGAAUCGUGCUUAUCGCGUCAACUGUUGUGAUGGCUAAUUCAUUGCAAUGUAUAUACGGUGGCCACGGUGCCAUAAAUGAGAAGAGUGGUACCAUAAGAGAUAUUAACGUUACCUGUCAAUCGCAAACUAAAUUCUGUUUGAAAUUAGAAUCUGAUGCAACUGUAAAUGGAGAACAUGUGAAAGGAUUUGCUCGUGGAUGCGAUCAGGAAAUGCCGGGUUCAUCGAAACAUUUUUGCAAGGGUGAGGGCUGUGUGAAUAAACACGAUAGCAGAGGUACCACAGAAGUAUGCUGCUGUGCCAAUGACUACUGCAAUGAUGGAACUGACAGGAAUUUCAUGUUUUCAAUCUAUUCGACCAUUAUUUUUGCCCUUUCUCUCUUUUCAUAAGUACAGUUCCAUCCAGAUUUAUUAAAUUAUCGUGGUUUCUUACCUGUUUCAAGUGCCGUCAGUUCGAUAAUAUUCAAAUUUUCCACAUGCUGUUGUAUAUGAUAUUUUGUAAAAUUUCA